ACACCUUCAGUAAAGCUCCUCCUACAGCAAUCCACCAAUAAAUGUGAGAGACAAACAAGCAGAACAUCACUUCAGGAGUUCUUCAUACUGUUGUUGGAGGAAGAGAAGCUUGAGAACACGAGAGAUCCAGAACUAUACAGAAUGGAAAAUGAAGAUACUGAGGAACAAAGAGAUAUGAUGGAAGUGAAUAAGGACAGUCAAGCUGAAGGGAAUGAUGCUGAUGGGAAUGUGAAAACAACACAGAAUGUUUCUCGAAAAGGAACUCUGAGAACAAGAGACAAAAAGCGUGGAAAGAGUUUCACAGAAGUUGGACACAUGAGAACUCACAGUGGAGAAAAGAGUGAGAAGACUUACAGAAUUAAAAAACAGCUUGUACAGCACAUGAAAUUUCACACUGGAGACAAACCAUUCAAGUGUGAUCAGUGUGGGAAGAGUUUUACAAGUAAAAUUGUCCUUAAGAGACACAUGAGGACUCACACUGGAGAAAAACCAUUCAUGUGUGAUCAGUGUGAAACGAGUUACAGAGAUAAAGGAAGCCUUCAGGUACACAUGAGAAUCCACACUAGAGAGAAACCAUACGCAUGUCAACAGUGUGGAAAGAGUUUUACGUGUUCAAGUAGCCUUAAGAAACACAUGAGAGUUCACACUGGAGAGAAACCGUUCACAUGCAUUCAGUGUGGAACGAGUUUCAAAACUAAAACUCAUCUGAACAGACACAUGAGGAUUCACACCGGAGAGAAAAGUUGGAGGAAGAGAAGCUUGAGAACACGAGAGAUCCAGAAC